AUGACGACCGCACCGCAUAUGCCGGCCAAGGCACACAGCACCGAAGAUGUGCACCCACGGCCUAAAGGUAUUCUGAAGAACACCAGGUCUUACCAGGACGCCCCUGUCGCCGCACCGGCUGCCACCCCGCCUACCGUGCCCACCAUCGCUGAGCCCGAAGACACCAAAGAGCUCACGCUUCAGAACACCUUGCAAAACGCGGGCCGACGUCGGUCCUCGUCCACUGCACGUGCGGGCUCGGCUUUACGCCGGCAGUCACUCGCCAGCCAGUACGAUGAGAACGAACCCCGCCUGAAGUGGGAUGAAGCAAACCUGUACUUGACGGAACAGGAGCGCACUGCGAAAAUGAAGAUCGACGAGCCCAAGACCCCCUAUGCCCCGCACUACGACCCCGCCGAGGAUGAGGAGGAGCUCCAACUCGAGGAGCUCAAGGACAGCGUCAUAGAUGCCCAGGACGUUGUGGUUGACGAGCUUGAUAAGACCACUCGAGGCGGCAACCACAAGAAGGCCGUGUCAGAGGACGACAUUCCCGACCUGGAGCUCGGCGAGCCUGAGGAGGGUCCGGCUGGCCAGGAAUCUCCCGAACAGCGCAUUUACCGCGAGCGCAGUAUGAGCAUGGACUCCCACAAGAGCGAGAAGCAUGUCGUCGUUGGUUCCGAGACAAACGGUGAUAUGCCAGCAGGUGUUGAUGGUCUCGUUACGACCGAGGAGGCGAAGGAGAAGCACCGCCAAUUUGAGGAGCACCGGAAGAAACACUACGAGAUGAGGAACAUCAAGGAGUUGCUUGCUCAUCCCGAGGACCUGGAGGAUGAAAUGGAGGAAGACGAGGACAUGGCUGAGCCUGGUCCCUCACCGGCAGUCCCUCACAUCCCCGAGCACUUCGGUAACGGUAGUCGAUAG